AUGUGUCAACAGGCUCUAACAGAAGGAAGACUCGCCGACGUAAUUCCCAAGCUUCCCCGUUCAAAGAUUAUCCAUUUUGGUCAGAAAUUGGCUCAGAAAUCGGCUGGAACAAUGUGUCAACAGGCUCUAACAGAAGGAAGACUCGCCGACGUAAUUCCCAAGCUUCCCCGUUCAAAGAUUAUCCAUUUUGGUCAGAAAUUGGCUCAGAAAUCGGCUGGAACAAUGUGUCAACAGGCUCUAACAGAAGGAAGACUCGCCGACGUAAUUCUGGAACUUGCACGUUCCAAUAUUAUCCAUUUUGGUCAGAAAUUGGCUCAGAAAUCGGCUGGAACAAUGUGUCAACAGGCUCUAACAGAAGGAAGACUCGCCGACGUAAUUCCCAAGCUUCCCCGUUCAAAGAUUAUCCAUUUUGGUCAGAAAUUGGCUCAGAAAUCGGCUGGAACAAUGUGUCAACAGGCUCUAACAGAAGGAAGACUCGCCGACGUAAUUCCCAAGCUUCCCCGUUCAAAGAUUAUCCAUUUUGGUCAGAAAUUGGCUCAGAAAUCGGCUGGAGCAAUGUGUCAACUGGGUAUAACAGAAGGAAGACUCGCCAACAUAGUUUUGGAACUUGCACGUUCCAAUAUUUGCCAUUUUGGUCAGAAAUUGGCUCAGAAAUCGGCUGGAACAAUGUUUCACCGGGCUUUAACAGAAGGAAGAUUCGCCGACGUAAUUCUGGAACUUGCACGUUCCAAUAUUAUCCAUUUUGGUCAGAAAUUGGCUCAGAAAUCGGCUGGAACAAUGUGUCAACAGGCUCUAACAGAAGGAAGACUCGCCAACAUAGUUUUGGAACUUGCACGUUCCAAUAUUUGCCAUUUUGGUCAGAAAUUGGCUCAGAAAUCGGCUGGAACAAUGUUUCAACGGGCUUUAACAGAAGGAAGAUUCGCCGACGUAAUUCUGGAACUUUCUGACCAAUAUUAUUCAUUUUGGUCAGAAAUUGGCUCAGAAAUCGGCUGGAACAAUGUGUCAACAGGCUCUAACAGAAGGAAGACUCGCCGACGUAAUUCUGGAACUUGCACGUUCCAAUAUUAUCCAUUUUGGUCAGAAAUUGGCUCAGAAAUCGGCUGGAACAAUGUGUCAACAGGCUCUAACAGAAGGAAGACUCGCCGACGUAAUUCCCAAGCUUCCCCGUUCAAAGAUUAUCCAUUUUGGUCAGAAAUUGGCUCAGAAAUCGGCUGGAACAAUGUGUCAACAGGCUCUAACAGAAGGAAGACUCGCCGACGUAAUUCCCAAGCUUCCCCGUUCAAAGAUUAUCCAUUUUGGUCAGAAAUUGGCUCAGAAAUCGGCUGGAGCAAUGUGUCAACUGGGUAUAACAGAAGGAAGACUCGCCAACAUAGUUUUGGAACUUGCACGUUCCAAUAUUUGCCAUUUUGGUCAGAAAUUGGCUCAGAAAUCGGCUGGAACAAUGUUUCAACGGGCUUUAACAGAAGGAAGAUUCGCCGACGUAAUUCUGGAACUUGCACGUUCCAAUAUUAUCCAUUUUGGUCAGAAAUUGGCUCAGAAAUCGGCUGGAACAAUGUGUCAACAGGCUCUAACAGAAGGAAGACUCGCCGACGUAAUUCCCAAGCUUCCCCGUUCAAAGAUUAUCCAUUUUGGUCAGAAAUUGGCUCAGAAAUCGGCUGGAACAAUGUUUCAACAGGCUCUAACAGAAGGAAGACUCGCCGACGUAAUUCUGGAACUUGCACGUUCCAAUAUUAUCCAUUUUGGUCAGAAAUUGGCUCAGAAAUCGGCUGGAACAAUGUGUCAACAGGCUCUAACAGAAGGAAGACUCGCCGACGUAAUUCUGGAACUUGCACGUUCCAAUAUUAUCCAUUUUGGUCAGAAAUUGGCUCAGAAAUCGGCUGGAACAAUGUGUCAACAGGCUCUAACAGAAGGAAGACUCGCCGACGUAAUUCCCAAGCUUCCCCGUUCAAAGAUUAUCCAUUUUGGUCAGAAAUUGGCUCAGAAAUCGGCUGGAGCAAUGUGUCAACUGGGUAUAACAGAAGGAAGACUCGCCAACAUAGUUUUGGAACUUGCACGUUCCAAUAUUUGCCAUUUUGGUCAGAAAUUGGCUCAGAAAUCGGCUGGAACAAUGUUUCAACGGGCUUUAACAGAAGGAAGAUUCGCCGACGUAAUUCUGGAACUGCACGUUCCAAUAUUAUCCAUUUUGGUCAGAAAUUGGCUCAGAAAUCGGCUGGAACAAUGUGUCAACAGGCUCUAACAGAAGGAAGACUCGCCGACGUAAUUCCCAAGCUUCCCCGUUCAAAGAUUAUCCAUUUUGGUCAGAAAUUGGCUCAGAAAUCGGCUGGAGCAAUGUGUCAACUGGGUAUAACAGAAGGAAGACUCGCCAACAUAGUUUUGGAACUUGCACGUUCCAAUAUUUGCCAUUUUGGUCAGAAAUUGGCUCAGAAAUCGGCUGGAACAAUGUGUCAACAGGCUCUAACAGAAGGAAGACUCGCCGACGUAAUUCUGGAACUUGCACGUUCCAAUAUUAUCCAUUUUGGUCAGAAAUUGGCUCAGAAAUCGGCUGGAACAAUGUGUCAACAGGCUCUAACAGAAGGAAGACUCGCCGACGUAAUUCCCAAGCUUCCCCGUUCAAAGAUUAUCCAUUUUGGUCAGAAAUUGGCUCAGAAAUCGGCUGGAGCAAUGUGUCAACUGGGUAUAACAGAAGGAAGACUCGCCAACAUAGUUUUGGAACUUGCACGUUCCAAUAUUUGCCAUUUUGGUCAGAAAUUGGCUCAGAAAUCGGCUGGAACAAUGUGUCAACAGGCUCUAACAGAAGGAAGACUCGCCGACGUAAUUCCCAAGCUUCCCCGUUCAAAGAUUAUCCAUUUUGGUCAGAAAUUGGCUCAGAAAUCGGCUGGAGCAAUGUGUCAACUGGGUAUAACAGAAGGAAGACUCGCCAACAUAAUUUUGGAACUUGCACGUUCCAAUAUUUGCCAUUUUGGUCAGAAAUUGGCUCAGAAAUCGGCUGGAACAAUGUUUCAACAGGCUCUAACAGAAGGAAGACUCGCCGACGUAAUUCUGGAACUUGCACGUUCCAAUAUUAUCCAUUUUGGUCAGAAAUUGGCUCAGAAAUCGGCUGGAACAAUGUGUCAACAGGCUCUAACAGAAGGAAGACUCGCCGACGUAAUUCUGGAACUUGCACGUUCCAAUAUCAUCCAUUUUGGUCAGAAAUUGGCUCAGAAAUCGGCUGGAACAAUGUGUCAACAGGCUCUAACAGAAGGAAGACUCGCCGACGUAAUUCCCAAGCUUCCCCGUUCAAAGAUUAUCCAUUUUGGUCAGAAAUUGGCUCAGAAAUCGGCUGGAGCAAUGUGUCAACUGGGUAUAACAGAAGGAAGACUCGCCAACAUAGUUUUGGAACUUGCACGUUCCAAUAUUUGCCAUUUUGGUCAGAAAUUGGCUCAGAAAUCGGCUGGAACAAUGUGUCAACAGGCUCUAACAGAAGGAAGACUCGCCGACGUAAUUCUGGAACUUGCACGUUCCAAUAUUAUCCAUUUUGGUCAGAAAUUGGCUCAGAAAUCGGCUGGAACAAUGUGUCAACAGGCUCUAACAGAAGGAAGACUCGCCGACGUAAUUCCCAAGCUUCCCCGUUCAAAGAUUAUCCAUUUUGGUCAGAAAUUGGCUCAGAAAUCGGCUGGAGCAAUGUGUCAACUGGGUAUAACAGAAGGAAGACUCGCCAACAUAGUUUUGGAACUUGCACGUUCCAAUAUUUGCCAUUUUGGUCAGAAAUUGGCUCAGAAAUCGGCUGGAACAAUGUGUCAACAGGCUCUAACAGAAGGAAGACUCGCCGACGUAAUUCCCAAGCUUCCCCGUUCAAAGAUUAUCCAUUUUGGUCAGAAAUUGGCUCAGAAAUCGGCUGGAGCAAUGUGUCAACUGGGUAUAACAGAAGGAAGACUCGCCAACAUAGUUUUGGAACUUGCACGUUCCAAUAUUUGCCAUUUUGAAGGAAGAUUCGCCGACGUAAUUCUGGAACUUGCACGUUCCAAUAUUAUCCAUUUUGGUCAGAAAUUGGCUCAGAAAUCGGCUGGAACAAUGUGUCAACAGGCUCUAACAGAAGGAAGACUCGCCGACGUAAUUCUGGAACUUGCACGUUCCAAUAUUAUCCAUUUUGGUCAGAAAUUGGCUCAGAAAUCGGCUGGAACAAUGUGUCAACAGGCUCUAACAGAAGGAAGACUCGCCGACGUAAUUCCCAAGCUUCCCCGUUCAAAGAUUAUCCAUUUUGGUCAGAAAUUGGCUCAGAAAUCGGCUGGAGCAAUGUGUCAACUGGGUAUAACAGAAGGAAGACUCGCCAACAUAGUUUUGGAACUUGCACGUUCCAAUAUUUGCCAUUUUGGUCAGAAAUUGGCUCAGAAAUCGGCUGGAACAAUGUGUCAACAGGCUCUAACAGAAGGAAGACUCGCCGACGUAAUUCCCAAGCUUCCCCGUUCAAAGAUUAUCCAUUUUGGUCAGAAAUUGGCUCAGAAAUCGGCUGGAACAAUGUGUCAACAGGCUCUAACCGAAGGAAGACUCGCCGACGUAGUUCCCAAGCUUCCCCGUUCAAAGAAUAACGAGCUAUAA